AUGGAUUGGUCCCCCAGUGGAAUAGCUACCACACUGCUCUCUGGGAAACCGGUCGUAAUCCUCCUCACUGCCAUCAUUGCUUUCUCCCUCCCGUUUUUCCUACACUUCAUCCUCUACAGAUCCUCCCCUAAAAGUGCCUCAAGAGAUUUCCUCCUCCUUGGGCCUAGUGGAUCUGGGAAAACAGCAUUGUGUUCACUCCUGGAACAACGGUCAACGUCUCAGUCUCAAAAGCCCCCGAGAGACACACACACUUCCCAAGUCUCCUCGUUUAUCUCCGUAACUCUCCCCCCAACCGUGCAUAUUGGCUCCGACAAAUACCGCUCAGUCAACGACCCAUCAUUCAAAGAAGCAGCCAGAAACCCAAUUACCUACCGCCUUCGAGAUACCCCGGGCCAUGGCAAACUUCGCGCAUCCCAGGGGAUCGCAUUGUUGGCAUCCCUAUCAAAUCCCAAAAGAAAGGGUCCCGAUGGGCUCUGCGGUGUAAUUUUCAUGCUCGAUUCCGCAACCUUGUCCCAAAGCGAUGAGUUUCUACGGGACGCAGCUACAUACCUACACGACGUGCUCAUGACGUUGCAAAACCGCGUGCACAGAAAAUCACCACUAUCGUCCAAGAAGGUUCCCCGAAUUCCUGUCCUGGUCGCUGCUAAUAAACAGGACAUAUUCACGGCCCUGCCACCAGGUUCCGUUAGAGCGAAGCUGGAAUCUGAGAUUGAGAAGAUUCGUUGGUCGAGAAAAAAGGGAUUGUUGGAUGCUAGUGUGGAUGUGUUGGCCGAAGAGGAACAAGGCAUGCUGGGUGGUGAUGAGGAGGGGGUGCCGUUUAGCUUCCAGAUGCUGGAGGAGCAGAUGGGGAUUCAGGUUGAUGUGAUGGGGGGCGAGGUGUUGAGUGAUGAUGCCGGCAACCGUGGGAGUGGGAUACGGCGCUGGGAGGAGUGGGUUGGGAUGUGCUUAUGA